AUGGAAAAUUGUAAAAAAAUAAAAAUUAGAACAGCAUACAGCCUUUAUUUAGUACUGAUAACUUUAAUUAUUAUAUUGUGGGAUGUUUGUGCAUCAAAGCCAUUAUAUAAUAAGUAUAGUAAAUCAAAUCCAGAAUUAAAUGAUAACAGUAAACCUCAAAUAAUAGAGUCUGUACCUAUUCAAGAAAUAAAUCCUUAUAAUGAAGAGGUCUUAAAUGAUACAAUAGAAGAAUUAACAGAUAUAUCAAAUGAUGUAGAAACAAAACUUGAGGAACUCAAACAAAGGGAAGCUAUAAUGAAUAUUGAUAAAAGAAAUAUUGGUAUCUUUGCAAGCAUUACAAUGAUAGUUUUAAUUAUACUAUUCUAUUUAGGAGUAGCUCAUAUGGAAGAUGCAUUAAAAGAUGCCAGCAUACUUCAUGGAGAUGAUAUUGGAUCACCCCAAAGCUUGUUAUAUGAUCCACGUUGGUAA